GUGAAGACACGCCCCUUUCCUUUGGAGGCCAUGUGGUCACGCUGUGGGUUGGUAAAUAAAUGCUAAAUGCUGUCUUCCGCCUCUGACGGAUUAUUUGAAUGAAUUGUAAAUUUCUUGGAGACACCAGUGCAAAAAUGUCCGCAGACGUCGUGAGCCUCCAGCUGCAGGUGGAGGCGGUGCUGGGGACUCUGGUCAAAGCGGCGUCGCUGGAGUUGAUCAAACUGUUUGAGAGCAGAUACCGAGCCUCGGCUGUGGAUCCGGGCCGCAGGGAGAGAGCAGAGCUAAAUGAAAGCUGGGAUCCUCUGCUCAAGGUGUGGAAUGGAGAGAGUAAGCGAAGCAUCGGCGUGCAGGUGGAGGAAGAUAUCCGGCCUCCAGUGGAGCUAGAUUCAGAUCUUCUGCUUGAUCCGGGUUGUUUAAAGGAGCCAGAUCCCUCCCAGGUCCUACUGGCUGAAGAUACCGACCAGCAGUGGGCGCCACUAAAAGAUCAGAUUCCUACAGAUCAUGUGGAUAAACUGGAGCUGAACAUGCUUUUGACAGAUGAUCCGCUAAAUGGUGAUCCUCCAGAGGACACUGUUCCACCUGUCUCUUCAGGGACAAGUUCUGGAACCUCAGAGUGUAAACGGAAGCCACUCGUGAUUCAACCAGAUAAAAGGUCCAAGACUUUAGGGGAGCAGGUGAAGUUCGUUUGUCCCCUAAUCCUUAAAGUCGAAGGUUCAGAGGAGCCCGUUCAAGCUGAACCUCAGCAGGCCUCCGUCAGCACAGCCAGGGGUACCGCUUACAGUCCGUCCCCCUCCGACGGAGCUGUGACCCCAGCGCAGGUCGGCGUGUGGGAGCGGAUCCACUCACCGAAAGACACUAAGAACCAUCUGCAGAUGAAGCUGAAGUUCACCUAUUCGGAUCAGAAGUUGCUGCUUCCUUGUGCUGUUCAGCUGGUCGACUUGCUCAAAAUUCCAGACGUGAAGGAUGACAAUGCAGCGAAAGCUCUCAACGCUAACGACAAACCAUGCCCGAGUAAACCCAAAGACCUGCGCCGGCAUCAGGGUCCCCACACGGGCCAUCGUCUCUGCUGCUUCACGCGGUGCGAAAAAGACCUGUGGCGCCUCCAGAACGUGGUCACACACUCCCGCGACGGAUACGUCUGCGACAUCUGCGGGAAAGCGUUCAAGCGGAGGAAGAUCCUUCGCCGACACGAGCGCUUCCACACCGGGGAGAGGCCAUACCCCUGCUCCAAGUGCACCAAGAAAUUUGCCCUGAGAAAAAGCCUCCGCCGCCACCUGAGGUUCCACACGGGGGAAAGGCCGCACACCUGCACCCAAUGCGGCAAAAGCUUCCGGCUGCGGGACAACCUGAAGGCACACCUGAGGUUUCACAGCGGAGAGAAGCCCUACGGCUGCAACGAGUGUGGGAAGACGUUCCGGAUCAUGAGGAAUCUGGACAAGCACAAACUAAGCCUCUGUGAGUUCUUAGUUCCCUCUUUCAGAGCAAUUGCCGGCUUGUAGCUAUGGAGGCGAUGGCAAAGACGCACCUUUGUCUACCUCAGACUGAAAACACUGGAGCUCAGCUCUCUAAAGCAGAACCGUUUAAGAUAUAACUUAUUCACAGCUCCUGAUACUUUGGUUCUACUGUAAUGACACCAACCAGGGCUCUGUGUUAAAGGGACAUGUUUUCUCUGAGUCCUGCUGAAUGUUAUUAACUGUGUUUCCUUUUUGGAUUUAUCUGGUCAGUAAGAACCAGCUCUGAGGGAGGAGGAAAGAAAAGUUCUGCAGAAAUCAUCUGGCAUGAUGAUUGAGUCAGUUCAACUCAGAUUUCACAGACAUGUAUGAUGUGGCGUUCUAAAACAAACUAGUUCCAAAAAGCUUUGUGUAACCUUUGACCUUUUGGCAAAACAAGCCAGGACAUCGUGCUGAUGUUUCUGUGUUUUCUGAAAGGACUCUGAGCCAGGUUUGGGUUGGUUUAGUUCCUUGAUGUUGGCAUUAUCUGCGGUUUCUGAAUGAUACCAGGCAGCUAAACUAAGGUUCUGCUUGUGGUGAUCCAGAGGUUCUCUUCUCUGAUGUUUGUAAUGCCUCAAAUGGCUCAUCCGUUUUUCUGAAUGUAAAUCUCAUUUCCUUUCGAACUUUCCUGAACUUUGCUCUGUCACGCGUUUUCUACACGGUUGCCAGGCCUUUUCCCUCCCUCACUUUCCACUUUGGUUUUCUGUCACAACACUUUGAGGUUAGCUUUAGUUUAAUUUCCUUGAAAAAAAUUUUCACCAUUUUGUUUGUUCUACCAAAUGUAAGCUCCGUUUGAGAGCAACUGCUAUAUUGGUUAAGGGAUAAAUUACCUUUAGAGGGGUUUUAGUUUAUUCAUUUUCUUUCCUUAAUGUUGUUCUAAACAUUUGUCACAUUUUGUUUGGUGCAGGUUGUUAGGCACUCCAUAGACCUAUUUGCGUCUGUGGUUUUAGUUCCCGUUUUAACUUCCUUUUUUUUGGCCAUGUGCACAAAAAUCAGACUAAGAAAUAUUCUAAGAGGGUUGUAUUACUUCUUCAGAUAACUUUUCUGAUUUCAUUUUUUUUUUAUUUGCAUUAAUCUCUCAGACUCUAAUCUGAUUUGCAGCUUCUUUUGUAGCCAAUCUUUAACGCUAAGAAAUAGAACAGGUUUACAUGUUGUCGCCUAUAGGGUCUAUAUGUAAUAUAUCUACAAGCAAGAAGUCACUUGGCCACAUGGUAAUGAUCUUUCAUAUUUUUUGAGUUGGGCUACUGAGGUUAAAUACAAAGCUCAAGGGAAAAAGACACAUAGUCCGAUCAAUUAUAGAAAAUGGAAGGAGGACGGGCAGAAAUUGCAAUGUGUUGGAUUGAUUAUAUACUUACAAACUACUCUGGUAAGCACAGUUUUUCACAUUUUCAAUGCAGUAUUGGCUGUGUAAACUAGGAAACAGCAAAUCCUAAAUGUCUCUUGCUCACAUAGGUGGCAGAUGAGACCAAUGACUUCUGUCCAUAAUAGAAACUAGUUUCGGACUGGUUGCAAAAACAUCCGCUUGCAUCUAUUUAAAAGGAGUAAGCAGUGGCAGUAGUCAUCUGUUGCUCUGUUCACUCAUC